AUGGGCCUCUUCAGCAGCUCCUCUGACGCUCCCGCAAAAGCCACGCGUGAAGAGAUGCGCGAUGCCAAACUCCCGUUGGCCUACCGAGACAGCUGUGCGAAUCUCCUCAUACCCCUCAACCGAUGUCGCGUCGACUCGUACUAUCUUCCGUGGAAGUGCCAAGAUGAACGACACAGCUACGAAAAGUGCCAGUAUGAGGAAUUCAAGAAGCGAGUGGCCAAGAUGGAUGAGCUCAGGGAAUCCAAGGAGGGGGCGCGCAGCAACUGA